AACACCAAACCGCAUACAUACAUUUGACUGUCUCUUGAGUGUUUUUGCAUAAGCCAGUGUAUACUGGUGAUAACACUGUACAAGCAGAGGUCAUGCCCUCAGGAGAGGAUUGACACACACACAACCUUUCUCACUCUCUCUCUCUCUUCCUCUUUCUUUCAGAACCAUGGACAGCUCUAAGCAAGCAACACGAUUGGUUGAGAGACAAGAGGGAUGCAGAGACAGAGAGAGAGUGAGAUAGAGCAAAAGAGAGAGAGAAGAUCACCAGGGGACGGAGUGUGUAAGCAGUGAGGGCUGGAGGGAAGGAGAUCAGACAGCAAAAAAGAACGUAGAGAGGCAGAGAGAAAAAAAGAAGGAUAGAGGAACUAGAAGAAAAGACAGAUGCUAUAGCUGGUCUUUUUGCCUACUGACGCCCAAGCUGGGUUCAUCUCUGCAUGUGUGUGUGACGCGCACGGGGUGUGUGUGUGUGCUUGUGACGGCAGCCGCAGCCGCAGCAGCAGCAGGGGGAGGACAGAUCAAAGAGAUUGUAGGACAUGAUGCAUUUAGCUGCCUAACUUCUCUGCACACACACCACAGCCGGCUAAACAAGAACACACUCAUACUACGCGCAUCUGCACGCAGCCCACCCCACACACACACCAUGCGUGUGUGGGGACAGCGCAGAUGAGGCAACCACCAAGGGGAGGUGUGGAUCUUUCCAGAAGUGUUUGGUAGGGUGAAAGGACAGCCUUGGUGGUCGUAGCCCAGCAGGAGCGGUCGUAGGUGGGGAAGGGUCGAACUGCCGACUGCCACCACCACCGCCAUCUUCGGUUUUCUUCAGAGCUCUGGAAAUGCCAAAGAUGGACAUGUCCUUCAUCCUACUCUUCCUCACGGCAGUGUGUGUUUCCUCCGUGCUGCGUUGCUGUCGCCGGGCUUGUCUGCAGGGGGAUUCGAUAUUGUGCUGUGUUGAGAAACGCACACACUGAACACACCUGGAGAUCAGCUGUUCCGGGAGAACAGAUUCACUGAUACCGCAGUCUCUCUGCUGUGGUGAAGGAUGGAUUCAGGGGAAGACGAGUGCACACAUUUCCUGCAGUACGUGGAGGACAGCGGUCUGAGGGCAUAUGACGAGCUGGUUAUCCAGAACGCCUCUGACAUCGCCCGAGAGAGCGACCGCGUCCGCAACCACACACACUGGACAUACCUCCACGAGAAAAACCAGAAGAAGAGACGGCAGGAGGACGCUAUCAAGAGGAUUGGUGAGGAUGUGGCCCGUGUGACAGAAGGAGGGGGCUACGCAGGCAAACACUUUCGUAUGGGCUUCAUGACGAUGCCGGCCCCUCAGGACCGUGUUCCUCCUCCCUGCGGGCCAGGAUUCACCGUACGCUCGCAGUCUCUGCACUCAGUGGGAGGGGGAGAGGAUGAGGGGAGUCCCACCUCGAGAAAACAGCCUCCGCCCAAACCCAGACGAGAUCCCAACACCAAACUCAGCAUCUCCUCUGAGACAGUCAACACUGGGCUCAGCACAGGGAAAAGCGGGAAGGAAACAGAGAAGUGUGACGGUAAAUAUGUGUGUGCACGCAAUACGUUAACACUAAUGCUUCUUGCUACUGUAUGCAAGCUUGAUUUUGUGCUUGGAAAUUUAUCGGAACGCGAUAGUAAUACCAUAGUACCGUAUCCAAAAAAAAAAAAAAAGUGA